AUGAAUUUAUCGAAUGAAGAUCGGGAUAGCGAACACAGCGAGGACGAUACGACUACAUUUGAAGUUGAUCAUACCGAUUAUUUUACCACUACUCAGUUGUUUGACUCAAAGGAUGAGGUAGUGGUUUGGGUGAGGUUCGUUGCAAGAGGUCUUUUUGUGAAAAUAGUAAAAAGAAGCAGUCCUAAAAAAAAGAUUUUUUUGACUUGUGACCUAUUCGGGGAAAAACGAGAAUGUCCAUCAACUAAUCCAGAAGCGCGCCCGAGAAGGACCGGUAGCAAAAAGAUAGGCUGUGGUUUUUAUAUUGUCGGAGAGCUACGAUGGGAUGAUAAAUGGGAGGUCAGAGUAAUAUACGGGAAGCAUAAUCAUGUUCCGAUAUACAAGUCCGGGCAUGGGAUGAGUGCAUUGUCUCAGGAGGAGGCGAAGAUCAUUAGUGAUCUGUCACAAAGUCAUGUGCCGCCCAAGAAGAUUUUGGCUAACUUGAGACAAAAUGGUUUGGGCCUCGAUGCUUAUUCAAAACAAAUAUACAAUCAGAAGGCGAAAUUGAAAAGACUAUCUAGGGGUGACCGUACAGUGAUGCAACAUUUGAUUGGGUUGCUUGAGGAGCAUAACUAUUACAAGUGGUUCCGCACUGAUGAAACUACACAUGCAGUUACUGAUUUGAUGUGGGCUCACCCUCAAUCUGUGGAAUUGUUAAGUAAGUUUCCGUACGUAUUACUACUUGACAGUACUUACAAAACAAAUCAGUACAAAUUGCCUUUGUUGGAGAUUGUUGGUGUUACUCCUGUCGGGAAAAAUUUUACUGUUGCAGUCGCAUUUUUGCGCCAUGAAAAUGAAGACCAUUACACAUGGGUGUUGCAAAAGCUGAAGAGACUUUUCCCCCCUCAGACUCUACCUAGUGCCAUCGUGACGGAUCGAGAGUUAGGGCUCAUAAAGGCGCUAGAGAAUGUAUUUCCGACCGUACCUCAUCUCUUAUGUCUUUGGCACAUUAACAUGAAUGUGGGGCGUCGUGCUUCAAGAUGUCUCGGCAAUAGUAGGCGUCGCGGCACGGCUUUUGUAGUUGGCGUGUGGCAACCUUUGGUGGUGAUGGCAGAUGGCAAAGUUCAACUACAAGAGGAGAAAAAUUCAUAA